GACAGUCUUGAAUUGUGGUUGAUGGUGUUCAAUGUGGUUUAACGGUUGAAGCUGUUAAAUAGUUAUUCGUAUCCGUCCAUCCAGUCCUUGCUCCUACAGAAAGUAAUCCAUCCACCUGUACCCGGACCCUCAAUGUACACAUGGAAAGAUACGAAAAGCCUACAGGGAAGGUAUAAUGCAUUACAAUGCGUGGCUAAAAUUGGCAAAAGCACUUAUUACACCCAUAUAACAAUGUGAGAUGUAACAAAGAUAGAUAUUAUCAACAAUUUACUCAUAAUUUAUAAUACUGCAAAUGCAAAUGCGUGAUACUAUGACAUAAUACAAUAUUGAAAGCACUCAUAUAGUUAUUUAAAGUAAUGUAUGCACCCCCAGAAUGCAAUUACGUAGUUGAAUAGUCUUGCCAUAGGUUCACAAUGAGGCCAUCUAAAGCAAAAUAUGCCAAUCUGGCAGGUUACGGGUUGUUUUCCUAUACAGUAAACUAGCACGUUAUCCACUGACACUAUACUGCAUUGUCGCGAAUAAACCGCGCAGGAUGUGUUGGGGGACUGCAGCGCAAGUGAUGUGGAGCGCAAAACACGCCCCCUAGACGCUCGGCUGAAGUGUCUGCAGGGAAGAGGCAAGUAGUUCUAUCGAGAUACCUCAAAAAGUGUCCGCUCGCUCCUCUCUGUAGCUAAGGUAAGAACAAAUGGCCAUUUUACUUUUCCAUUCAGUUAUUUAGAUCUAAAGACUUUGUUGUUGUGUCAGUGUUUUCAGUGUUAAGUCUAGGCUACAUUAUUAGAGAAAAUAAAGUUGUUUGUAAAAAUAAAAUAGAGCAUGUUAUAUAAUUGAAAUGAAGUGCUAUCUCUGGCUUCAAGUAAUGAACCAUUUACUGUAGUUUCAUAUGGGCAUAGUUUUCAACAUCCACCUGAUUUAUCCAUGUGUAAAAGGAAUAUGAACAUUUUAUGCACUGUUCUGAGGACCUAUUGGAUGGAUGCUAUCGGAUGAUCACCCGGAUUCUUCCCACAGUGCUACUGGAUAUUAUGAAUUAUCUGGAAAAGACGUUGUUUUUUGGAUUCAUUUUAAACUGGACAAAGCUUACAAAAAGAAAUAUGCAUGGAAUGGACACACGACCAACUCCAUUUAUGGAUUCUCCCAAAAUGGAAUUCUACCAUGGUCUACCUACACUUUCUAUGUUGCCUGAUAUGCCUGAUGGCAUUCAGAGAACUCAAGGGUGCUUAAGAUACCUUUUUAUUCAGAUGCUGAUGUAAAAAUAAACAACCAGCUUGGUGAGAGUUUGAGGCACAACAACUGCCUCAUGUGAAGGUCAGGAUGAUAAGUAGACCAAGUUUUGGGGUUUGUCAGGGAAUCAACAGUAAUCUGUUUCCUGAAUUGGCAGAGAAAGGAGAGGGGGGGGGGGUAGAAAAGUAACCAUUACUAGGCAUUACAGCUCUAAUCCUGCACCCCUUUGGGCCUUCUGUAAGUAAUAGGUACAAACAAGCUUAGCCCAAUCAUGACUGACCUCAUACUGAACAUGCAAGCUUUAUGUAAGGAAAACGGGGUUGUAUACAAAAUGAAGGUAUCCACCAAAGCCGUGGUCCCCAAACAUUUUUUGUUUUGUGAUCUACUUGAAGCCUUUCAUACUUUCUUGUGCCCAAACGAUGUGUCUAGCCAUAUUAGUCCUAAGACGUGACCCAAGAGGAACUGGCUGUGACCUACCAGUGGGUCGGUCCCCAGUACCCACCCGCCAUUUGUGAAACACUGGCCCAUAGUGUUUGGUCAUGUUCUUUAUGUGUGGAGCCUGCAGUGACGACAACAUGGGUCGCAAAGAAAUAACUUGCAGUUGGAAGAAAGUCACCAACAACAUCAGAGAUGUGUUCGAAUUCAAACAAGUGCUGGGAUCGGGUUCGUUCUCCGAGGUGUAUUUGGUGCGAGAGAAGAAGACAGGAAACCUGUACGCCCUGAAGUGUCUGAAGAAAAAACACCUCAGCUGUAGCAACCUAGAGAACGAGAUCACUGUGCUGAAGAAGAUAAGACAUGACAAUGUGAUUGGACUGGAAGAUUUCUAUGAGACUCAGACACACUAUUACCUCGUCAUGCAGCUGGUGUCUGGUGGAGAGCUGUUUGACCGUAUCAUAGAUCGGGGGGUGUACACAGAGAAGGACGCCAGCCAGCUGGUCCGCCAAGUACUGCAAGCGGUCAACUACCUUCACGAGAACAGCAUAGUGCACAGGGACCUCAAGCCAGAGAACCUGCUAUACUUCGACUCAGACGAGAACUCCAAGAUCAUGAUCAGUGACUUCGGCCUGUCCAAGAUGUCCGACCACGGAGUGAUGUCCACAGCCUGCGGCACGCCAGGAUAUGUUGCCCCUGAAGUUCUGGCUCAGAAACCCUACAGCAAGGCAGUGGACUGCUGGUCCAUAGGAGUCAUCACAUAUAUCCUGCUGUGUGGCUACCCUCCCUUCUUUGAGGACAACGAGACACGUCUGUUCGCUAAGAUCAUGAGGGCCGACUACGCUUUCCACUCGCCUUUUUGGGAUGACAUCUCUGAGUCAGCGAAAGACUUCAUCCGGAACAUGAUGCAGAAGCACCCUAACAAACGGUUCACCACAGAACAGGCCCUCAGACACCCCUGGGUCAUUGGAAAGACAGCGAGGGAUCAGGACAUCUAUAAAUCAGUCAGCAUGCAGAUCCAGAGGAACUUUGCCAAGUCCAAAUGGAGGCAAGCCUUCAACGCCACAGCAGCCAUCAAACACAUAAAGAAGCUGCAGUUGGCCCAUGCCGACCCCGACGCCCCUCUCCCUCCCAUCCCUGCCAUAGCCAUCAACCCCUGCUACUCCCAGAAUCCCCUGCGGGGUGUCAACAACAUCACCACAGAGGAUGUUGACUCCACCAGCAGCCUCCCGAUCCCAAUGUGUCACAUGACCCCUCCAGAGGCACAGUACCGGGGCCUGAGAGCCAGUCACAGCGAGCCCAUGCACGCGCCGGUCGUCAUGGAGACAUAUAACGCAGAGAAUUGCUCCUCAUUCACGGCAGCUAAAAGCUGUGACGCCAUGGACAGGGCGACCAAUAGGAAUGGCCAGAUGAUGCAAACUGGGGUGUGUUCUGUCAUGUGAUUGGUUGAUUGGCCUGAGGAUCAAUUCAACUACGUCAAGUGUUUCUGCAGUGUUGCAGUCAAGAAGUUUGAGCCACUCCUUGCUGCUCUACAGGUGUCUGUCUGCUGCCUCCUGCUGGUUCAUUUCUGUAGUGCUCUUCUGAGAUUUCCAGGGGCCCAUAGCAAGGACCCGGGGCCUGAACCUUCUCCAGAGGAGAACACAGGAAGACCUGGGGUUCAUACCCAAUUACAGUGCAGUACAUUUACACUCACGCACAAAUGUAUGCACUCACACACACAAAUGCAAACUUUAAUUUCUCUGACCCAAGCUACUGUCGAUUAAGCUUUAGAAGUGUACAUUCUGUCAUGCAGUACCAGUCAAAAGUUUGGACACACCUACUCAUUCAAGGGUUUUUCUUAAUUUUUACUGUUUU